UCUAUAUCGGAUGGGUUUAAUCCAAGGUUUAGACCCUAUAGUCCUGAGGAGCGUCCAAAACAGCAGCUGGCACAAGCCUUGACAGACUGGUGACAGAUGUUAAAGAAAAACUUAAGAAUGCAAAGAAGUUCUGGUCAACUCUCCCAUACAACAUGUGCAGCAACAGCAGCUCAGCCGCUGAGCUUGAGGAGGAUGGAUGUUGGAAUGGAAGUAACAGUAGCAGGUACAAUUUUGCAGUGACGGGCAAUGGCCUUGCAAACCAGCUCAACAACCCAGCUGUUCAAGUGGAUAUUACCAAACCGGACAUGGUGAUUCGUAGGCAGAUAAUGGUGCUGCAAAUAAUGACCAAUAAAAUAAAGAAUGCUUAUCAUGGAAACGAUGUAACAUUUCAUGAUGCAAGUGAUGAAGGCAGCGGUGGAGAAAGUGGCAGUGGCUGUAUUGGACUUGACUGCCACCUGGAGUUCACGUUCACCAUCACUGAUUCUCCUCUGCUCCUUGCUCCCUUGGAGCCCAAGAUAAUUAAACCUAGUAACUCUGCUUGCCGUAGCAAUCUCUCACAGCUAAUUCUACUCGUUAGCUGCCUUAUUAUAGCCUUACAUCUGAGCUUAAGAUAAUCACCCAAGAUGCAAAAGAGUCUUCACAAAUGGCUUUAAAAAAAAAACUAUUUUCAAUUAUACCAGCUGAUGACUUCACAUUAAAUUGCAAACUUUUCUUAACGUCUCAUCAAUGAUGUAUAGUUGUUGCUUCAAAUGUAUUGAGAUUGCCGUUGUCACCUAUGUAUCUACUUAAUCAUAAUCCAUGAGUGAAAACAUGCCAUCCACACCAUCAUUAUGUGGACUCCAAGGUAAAUACAUUACUUGCUAAAUUUUUUAAGCAUUUUUAAUAAAAUUUGCAAUUGGCCUAUUUAAAGAAACAGGUUGCGUGCAAGCAAAUCCAAGCCAAUUUUCAUUAUAUAAUAUGGUGAAUAUCUGUACAGAAGCAAACUUAUUUAUCUUGAAUUGACGGGAUAAUGAUGCACCUUUUGAUGCACAAAUGUAUCUGUUAUGUAGUCACGCUAAUAUCUGAUAUAUGCCUGGUUUAAUUUUAGGUAGGUAGUCUAGUUAUAAACAGUUGCACAGUAAUUAGAACUGUGAUCGUUGAGCCCUUCCAUCAGGGGACAUGUUCCACAGCUCUCUAAUUUGUUUAAAGAUCAAAUUUGGAGAAAGUGUAGUGCAGACACCAGAACAAAAUCCAGUGUUAACAUUGCUUGAUGUUUGAGCAAUCUGGGUUUAGUUUCUGGGAGUUAAUGUUUGAGGUUGCUGAUGAGGUAACUGUCCCUGUGGCGGAUUCCUAACGCCCGUGCAGCUUCCUGCAUUUGAGUCGGGAGCAUCAUCAUACUGGAAUGCUUUUCUAAUAAUAAAGUUUGAAUGCAAUAUUUGUCCUGUAUGCAUUUCAGUUUUCAUUGUAAUGUUAAUUAUAUUUUUAUAUCAAAAUUUUAACUACUUGUAAUUGCUAGCUCAGGGUCAGUACACUAUUUUAGACAUUUCUGUUCUAUUAUAUUUUCAAUUAGCAGAAAACUGAAUUAAAUGCUGUUAUUUGCUGUUUGUAAAUCAUAGGGGUUCUUGCUUAAGUACUGAUUUACCGUGACAGUAGAUUGUAUAAAGCCGUGCCAUUGUUGAGCUAGCUGCCGGUGUUAUAAGGUUUGUUAUUCCAUUUUAGAUCACAUAGUACUUGGUUUUGGCUUUCUGUAAGGGAAAGGGAAUUGCCUGAAAUAUCCAUUCAUUAGCUGAAAUUCAGCUGGAAUACCAGCAAUGGUGUGGUUCUGAUUAGCAGAUAGCUCUGCACUCUUUCUUUCAUGACAAACUUGUAUAUUAUCUUUAGUCAUUUUAUAAAAGCUUGUUAUAAUCCCAGGAAUUAUGUUUUAAAAUACACAUUGCUGUACUGAUCAUCAUUUUCAUUUCAAAUGCAAAGUACAAACUGCUUGAUGUAAGUUAAAAAACAAUGCAAAGAUUGCUGCUCUAUUCAUGGUGCAGCACCUGUGGGAAAUAUCAUGGAAUGCAAUUGAUGCUGAAGUAAACUUGUGGACAUCAAA